AUGUCGGGGUGUUCGACAAAUGAAAGCGAUUGGCAGAUACAUAUUGCGGUCCACUCUCAAUCUAAAGCUGCUGUGGAGGAAGCAGUUAAUGCUGUGUUGUGGAUAAACCAGACAGUUGGCUCACAACCAAUCACACAUGACCCCUUCAUUAAGACAGUAAUUGCUAGCUUACAGAGAUUGUUGGCUAAACCUUGGAAGAAGAAGGAGCCUAUAAUGCCGGCUAUGUUAAAAGAUUUGGUUGACGCAGCUGGUUCAUCGCCUAGCCUCUCUGAGGCUAGGACAGUUGCUAUUGCUCUCGUAGCAUUCUCGGCUUUUCUAAGAGUUGAUGAAGUGAUCAGUCUACGUUGUUGGAAUGUGCAGUUUUACCCGAGUUACAUGGUCAUCAAGAUUCUAUCGAGCAAGACUGACCAGCUACACCAAGGUGAUGAGUGUUUCAAACUAGCUGCUAUCAACUCCAACAGUACAGAGCAGUUGUUUCGUGCUAUUGUUCACUCAAGAAAUGGAGAGAAACUGAGGAAAUUGGGAUCCCUUAGUUACCCUAGGAUUAGAGAGCUACUUCAAGCCAAGCUUCAGUCUCUUGGGUAUGACCCAUCUUUGUUUGGUACCCGUAGUUUCAGAGCAGGUGGAGCGAUGUUGGCUGCAGAUCAAGGGGUUCAGGACCGAAUUUUGAAACGACAUGAACGAUGGAGAUCGGAGAUGGCCAAGGAUGGAUAUGUAAAGGACUUUGUGGAGACAAGGCUGAAAAUUUCAAGGAAACUUGGGUUGUAA